AUGAGUGAGAAACCAAAGGAAAAUAUUCACAUACCACGAUACAUUAAAAACCAGCCGUGGUACUAUAAAGAAGCCGCUGGUAAAGAAGAUGAUUAUCUGGUUCAUCACAGACAAGUUAAGAAAGGUACACUAGACAUUGACAACAAUUCAGAGCCUAAGUUGGGUCCUGGCAUCCAAGAUGAAUUUGAAACUGUACGAAUAAACAAGGAUGAUGUCAGACCGAGGUGCUUGAACUGUGGAUCGAGUGAUCAUCUGAAAAGGGACUGCUUAGAAAGGCCCAAGAAAAUCCUGAAAACUGAUGAUAAGGACCUUGUAGUUAAACGCAAAGCUUUUCAGGCGGUGGAUUGGGAUGCUAAACAAGAUAGGUGGUUUGGAUAUACCGGUAAGGAAUACGACGAAGUACUAAAGAACUGGAAAACCCCUUCACAUCGCAAAUCUAAUGAAUUGCAAGACCAAGAUUGGGAUACGGAUGAAGAGAUUGAAUUAAUGAAGUUAGGUCUCUAUAAAGACCAUGUCGGGGCACUAAAGCAAGAUGAUUCUCAAAAUACACAAUUGAAAGCUUCAGUAAGACUUAGAGAGGAUAAAGCCGCUUAUUUAAAUGAUCUAAAUUCUUCAGAAUUAAGAUACGAUCCCAAAUCAAGAGUUUACAAAAGUGAAGAAUUGGGAUUUAUCGAUAACGAUUCCCAUAUGUUUCACAGGCAUCUCACUGGUGAAGCGCAAGAACUACAAAAUUUAAACAAAUUCAGCAGAACCCAUGCAAGGCGUAUGGGAGUUAGAGACGAUGAAGAGAACGAUGCAAAGGCCAAACAUGUUUUAGUGGCGAAUCCCACCCAAUAUGAAAUGCUGAAAAGGCAAGACGGAGAACCCAUUAAGAGGGAUCGAGCCAAGGAUGAGGGACAGGCUCAAAGGACAAAGGGAACUGCUAGAAGCAGGAAAGAUCUGGAGGACCUGUACGGCUGA